UGGUAUGUUUCAACAAUGACAGCUGAAAAGCUGGUCAUUCUGGUUCUCAGGUGCUCUAUUACACCCAGAGAAAUACUGCCCCACCUAAUUCUGUUUCUGCCUGCAUUCCUGACCACCACAAUGCCGAUACAUUUACAUUACCUGCGUUCUACAGUUUUCAGCAGGCUAAACUAAUUGUACUCCAGCAAAGGGGAGAAUUAUUUCACCACCUUCAUAAUUAUUAUUACCCAGCUGAAAAGGAUUUCAUAUCAACAACGAAUUGUAUAAAAAUGCUUGUAUCCAAAAGACUGAUUCUCUUUUUGAUGAUGGCUAGCUUCCAGUGGACCAGAAAUAAUUGUCUUGGUGUAAAUCAUUCCACACUUUCUAUACACAGCUUAAAUAGCACCACUAUGAAUUCAUCCACAUUUAUUGCAACUUCUGGCAUAACUCCAUCUAUAACUCUUACAUCACCAACAGCCACUACUGAGAAUAUAACAAAAAAUACAGGGAUGCAAAAUAACACUCAAAGUAAUGGCAUAAAUUCAACAUCUAUGCAUAAACUGAAUUUUACGAAAGGUGUCAAUCACUCUUCUGUAAGUAUCAAUAGAACACCACCUCCAUCAGAUGUGCCCACAACCAGCAAUUAUUUGUCAACAAUACUCCCUAAAAGUGUUGAAGCCACAACUCAUGCGACAUCAACAGAAACCAGAUCAAACACCACAGCAUCCUAUAAUGGCAAUUUUACCUCCAUGGUGUCCUCUAACAAAACUCUUGUGCAUUACAUAACAGUUCAUCCCACUAACAAUCCUCUGAAUACUUCAUCUACACUGCUGACAACUAAGAGUACCAGCACUACAACAGACCUAUGGUUAACUGCACAAACUACAAGGUGGCAAUCCAAUUUUACUGAUAGUUCUGCAGAAGCAAGAGAACACCAAAAAGAAAAUCACACUCAUGGAGCAGUUGUAUUUGGUGCAAUUGUAGGAGGAAUGCUAGGAUCAGCAUUAAUUGGCCUAGCUGGGUACUUUAUGUGUGCAAAGAGGAAAUCUGAAUCAUUUGGACACCAGAGACUUUAUGAUGAUACAAGGAAUGAUCCAGUUCUGCGACUGGACAGUACACCUGAACCCUUUGAUGCAACUCUUGGAGAUUUGUCAUACUACAAUCCUACAACAGCGAAUGAGACAGCAGCCCAGAACAGCAAAGAAACAUCAUACGAUACAAUACCUAUGGAUGAUCUGACAUCACCACAUCCAAGAGCUUAGUACAGGCAGUGUCCGAGUUACAAAUGACUCCUAGUUAAGAACAUGGGUGAGACAACAGGAAGUGAGAGAAAUCUACUCCAUAGGAAGGGAAUUUCACUCCUGAAAGAGUUAUCAUGGGGAAAAGGUGUCUCAACUGAAGCUUUAUCACAAAUCCUUAUUUCCACAACAAGCCACGUUUUUCAAAAUCCAAUUAUUACAGGGACAAAAAGUGAGGUGAAAUAUUCUGAACAGACAGCAAAAUAAACACCACAGGGGUUUUAACACUUCCUUAUACUAUUCAAAGGUAGAUAGACAGAUAGACAGACAAACAGAUAUGCUGGAGUUACUUUUACAAAUGUACCUGUUCCAACUUACAUACAAAUUCAACUUAAGAACAAACCUGUCUGUGUUGUGAAAACUGUUUUAAUUUAAACUGAUAUCAAUGGAUUUGUUUGUUUUGAUAUGUGCCCAAGAUUGGUUUGUAACAGUUUGUAACACCAAUCCGAUGCCUGUUGAUAUGCAUGGUUUUGGAUAAUGUGUGAGUGAGAAGGGUUGUUGUUUAUGAUUACAACUUAUUAUACAUUUUUGGUAAACGAUUACAAGCUGGUUCACAAAUACAUGUUUAUUAAUUGAGUACACAACACCAUAACAACCCUUGGACUAACUUUAUGAAAAAAUGUUUCAUUUGAAGCAAAAUAAUACAAAAUCUCUUUCAAUGUUUCUAUGCUUCACCAUUGGUCAGAUUUGCUAAGGCUGAGGGAAGCUACAGUGUUAAAAGGGCACAGAUGCCCAUUUCUGCUUUUAAAAGUCAAUAUUGCUUAUUAACCAUACUAGCAAAUUCAACCUCUAUGUUUACAGAUUGUGUACUCGCAUAACCAGAUGCUGGACAUCUGUGUUUGCUUAGUUCCAGAAAUAUCUGAAUGAUUACUUCUGUAAACAGAAUACAAGUGUGAUAACCUUUGGCUGAUUUAAUAAAGCUAUGAAAAAGAGUAAUGAAUGAAAGAGA